GCCCCACCAGCUCCCUCAGCCUCCACCACCAACACCUGUACAAAUUGUGCAGAAAUGCCCAGAUUGUCCGGCUCCCCAAGUAGUCGUGGUUGUCCCCGAACAACAACCAGCGAUUCCCACAAAUCUUUUCACUCAACAAUUAAUGAUGCAAGCGCUCGGUUUUGGUGGAUUAAAUUCUCUUGGAUCGGGUAAUCAACAGCAACAAAUGCAAACGAUGGCUAUGAUGCAUUUGAUGCAGGCCAAGAUGCUUGGCAUGAUGCAAAUGGCAAAAAGAUUUGGUGGUCGUCCGGUUCCUCUUCAGCCCGUUUUCCGUACCACCGCUGAAUAUUCUUAUCCCGGAAAGAAAAUCGUGUUUUGGCCUCCUUACAUCUCAGCUAGACCAAAGGAAGUUGUCCGCCCAGCUCCAGCUCCAGCUCCAUCUGGCUAUGGACCCGAACCACAGCCACAAAUUGAGACAUCGCAAUACAAUUCAAAUCAAGAAUCAACGAAUAUUCCGGAUAUUUCUCAGAACCUUUUCCCCAACCACCAUCUGGAU